AUGACCGACUUGCUUCACUUGAACUCUCCUGCGGCAUCAGAAGUUGAUGCUGAUGAUGAUGAUUAUUCUAGUGAAUUAGAUGAUGAUUUGAAAGAAUCUAUAGAGCAGUUGGAACAAUUAUUGUCCCUAGUCAUAUUUCCCAUUGCUGGCAAGUUUUUAGGAAGAAAAUUCGCUUUCCAUGUUUGGGCUCGCUGGCUAGAUCGACGUCGAAUCGUUUAA